CCAGACCUACAGAUGGCGGAUUUGAAGAGACUUUGUAUUUGGAUAGCAUUUUGUUUGCUGCUGUGCGGAUUUCAUGUGAAGGGACAGAGGGAGUGGGGAUUUCCCAAUCCGAAUCCAUACCCAGAGCCGGAUCCAAGCAGGUGGGACUACAACAACUACAAUAGCAACGGCUACAAUGGUCAGUGGCAACCGCCGGUUGACUUUAACAACUACGGCUAUUAUAGACCCCCGCCCCCACCGCCUCCUCCCUGCGGAAGGCCACCACCGGGACCACCGCCGCCGGGUCCACCUCCUCCUGGUCCGCCGCCCGGCUGUCCCGGCGGUCCAGCCCCAGGGACGCCACCUCACUGGGAGAACCACCGAUGGAGACCCCGUCGUCCGCCGCCAGAUCACCACCGUAACUUCCACAACAUAUUCCUGCACACCGAGCGCAAAGUGGAUGGGGAGAACUACAACAAGACCGCGGAGAUGGAGGACUUGCACGACGACUUCAAUGGUCGAUCGAUUGUAGCACCCGGGCAGUACCCGCAUAUGGCCGCUCUGGGAUUCCGGAAUGAGAACCACGAGAUCGACUACAAAUGCGGCGGCAGCCUGAUCAGUGAGUACUUUGUGCUAACGGCCGCUCAUUGCUUGACCAGCCACGGCACUGCUCCCGACGUGGUAAAAAUCGGAGACAUUAAGCUGAAGGAAUGGGAAAACGACGUGGCCCCCCAAAGACGACGAGUGGAGAAAAUUUACCUACAUCCUUUAUACAACUCAACCCUUAACUACCAUGACAUUGGACUCAUCCAGUUAAAUCGACCGGUGGAAUACACUUGGUUCGUGAAACCAGUCCGUCUGUGGCCUAAAAAUGAGAUCCCUUACGGGAAACUUCAUACGAUGGGAUAUGGAUCGACAGGAUUCGCCCAGCCCCAAACCAAUAUCCUCACGGAACUUGAUCUGUCGAUGGUGCCUACAGAACAGUGCAAUACCAGUCUGCCCGCCGAUGAGGGAUCUCCCCAGGGAAUACUUUCCAGUCAGAUAUGCGCCCAUGACUAUGAGAAGAAUCGCGAUACAUGUCAGGGCGAUUCAGGAGGACCACUUCAGUUGAACUUGGAACGUCGCCGCCGCCGACACAGAAGUCGAAGACAUUACCGCUACUACCUCGUAGGCAUCACUUCUUAUGGAGCUUAUUGUCGCAGCGAAUUCCCAGGUGUUUACACUCGCGUUUCUUCCUACAUUGACUGGAUUGCUUCUAUAGUGUGGCCUAAUUACUAUAGCGAGUUUACUAAUCAAUAA